ACACACUGGCCGCUAAAAUCAAGCGUAGUUAAAAUCUGUUGUUAAAUAGCCUAUUAAGUUAAGAGUCGGAACAGCAAAGAUGCCCACAGAAAUCGAGAAUUUAAAUCCGAGCGUCUAUAGCAAGAUCAAGGAGCGUGCGGUAACAGCCAACGAAGAGGAUGAAAACAUUGCCGAUCCCUUUGACAAGCGAGAAAUCUUUGAUCUUAUACGAAACAUCAAUGAUCCCGAGCAUCCGCUAACGCUGGAGGAGCUGCACGUAGUCCAGGAGGAACUCAUUACCAUAAGCGACAAACAGAAUUCGGUGCACAUCAACUUUACUCCAACGAUUCCCCAUUGCUCGAUGGCCACGCUGAUUGGUCUCUCCAUACGGGUGAAGCUGCUGCGAUCGCUGCCGCCUCGGUUUAAGGUCACCGUGGAGAUAACGCCGGGUACACACGCCUCCGAGAUGGCCGUGAACAAACAGCUGGCGGAUAAGGAACGCGUUGCCGCGGCGCUGGAGAACAAACACCUGGCCGAGGUCAUAAACCAGUGUAUAUCGGCAAAGGGUUAACCGUCGCACUAUUAUA